UGAGGGACCAGAUUGUUGCUGCUAUAGAGACGAAGCUAAGCUUAUCUAAUGAGCGGCUUACUGGGAAGGCAUAUUGAAAGAAAACUGUCUACAUAGAAGGAAGUUCAAGUAGCUUGCAAUGUCUGGGUCUGAGAACAGGGAUAUUAGUGAAGUCAACUCCAAAUGGUUAGAUGCUCAUUACGAUCCAGUGGCUAAUCUUUAUACUUUCUCCUCAUGUGUAGCACUUGCGGACCUGCAUGGAGAUGGAGAAAGUAAGCUGGUGGUGGGAGACUUGGGUUCUGGAGCCUCCAAUAUGAAGCUAAAGGUUUUCAAAGGAACAAGCUUGAUGACGGAGAACACCCUUCUGGAUUUACCAACUGGGCUGGUGGCAUUUCACAUGGACCAGAAUGAGCCUCGUACUCCAGCUAUUGCUGUGGCAUCUGGACCCUUUAUCUAUGUAUAUAAGAACCUAAGGCCAUAUUUUAAAUUUACUCUGCCUCCUCUAGAAGUCAAUGAAUUAGAACAGGAGGUCUGGAGUCAAGCCCGCGAGGAUAAAAUUGAUCCAAUGUCCCUAAAAGAAAUGUUGGAAGGUAUCAGAAACAAAGCUCAAGUCCCACUGUCUGUCAGAUCCUUGAAAUUCUUGAUGCUUGAACCUCAAGAUAUGGAGUCAUUUGUUAAUAUGCACAAGCAACAACCAAUCAGGCGACAGACUGUGAUCACUUGCAUUGGCACUUUAAAGAAGAACAUGGCAGAUGAGGAUGCAGUCAGCUGUCUAGUGAUAGGCACGGAAAAUAUGGAAAUCUAUGUUCUUGACCCAGAAGCUUUUACCAUCCUGUCUAAGAUAAGCCUUCCUAGCACUCCUGCAUUCAUGGACGUGACUGGACAGUUUGACGUUGAAUUUAGGAUUACUGUAGCCUGUAGAAAUGGCAAUAUUUACAUUCUUCGACGUGAUUCCAAGAAACCAAAAUACUGCAUAGAACUGAGUUCCCAUGCAGUUGGUCUGGUGAGAGUUAACAAAAACAUUGUAGUUGGCUGUACUCAGGAAACUUUGCAUGGGUGUACACAAAAGGGUAAGAAACUGUGGACUACAUAUUUGCCGGCCUCUAUCGUUACAAUGGGACUAAUGGAUCACAAAUCUAGAGGCUUCCAAGCUGUACUUGUUGGGCUGGCAAACAGUGAAGUACACAUGUAUCGUGACAAAAACUUGGUGAACAUUAUCAAAACUCAGGAUGUGAUUACUAGCAUUUGCUUUGGCAAAUAUGGACGUGAAGAUGGAAGCCUUAUAAUGACAACAAAAGGAGGUGGCCUUAUAAUUAAAAUCUUGAAAAGAACAGCAGUUUUUGAUGAAAAAGACACAACUCCUGGGCCUCCAGUUGCUCAAAGUGUUAAGCUGAAUGUUCCAAAGAAGACCAAACUAUAUGUGGAUCAGACAAUGAGGGAGCGAGAGAAUGCAGUAGCGAUGCACAGGGCAUUUCAAAUGGAUCUGUAUCGCCUAAGACUAACAGCCGCCCGAGCCUAUGUCAAAGCUCUGGAGUCCAACUUAACUCCUAUGUCUUCAAGUGCAUCUGAGCCUCUCAAGAUGAAUGCUGUGGUCCAAGGCCUUGGCCCAUCUUUCAAACUGACUCUGAACAUCCAGAACACAUCAGUGUGCAGACCAUCAAUGAAUCUAGCCAUCAGCUUUUGGUAUGAUGAAAAGCUUUAUUCUUUGAAGACAUCCUUCUUUAAGAUUCCACUCUUAGUUCCAGGGCUCAACUACCCGAUUGACACUUUUGUGGAGUGUCUUAGUGACAAGGGGAUAUCCGAUGUCAUUAAGGUAUUUGUCCUUCAAAUAGGAAGGGCCAACCCUUUGCUGACUGCUCAUAUCAACAUGCCAGUUAGUGAGGGACUGGCUUUGUGCUAAUUAAGAAAAGAGCACCUGCAAAAGAAUUUCAAUAGACUGUAUAGUGAGUACCAAGGAUAUCAUUUAAUGACAGUAAUAGAGAGCUAUGUUUAACUCUGCUGCUUUAGAGGAAAUAUAACUUGUCCCAAAAGAAUUACAGGAGCAAGUGAAGUGAAACAAUUAUUUCAUGAGACAAUACCAAGGACUAAACAUAAUACUGUGUAACGUUUAGAUUGAUGUACAUGUAAAUGUGUAUCAUUUUUAAUUCCUAAAAGUGUAUAGUAUAUAUUUAAAGAAAUCUGCACUGUUUUGCUUUUACAAUAUGUGUGUGUGUGUGUGUGUGUGUGUGCGUAUGUGUGUAUGUACAUAUAUAUAUAUAUGUAGAUUAAAUUAUAUCUUUUGAAAGUGUUUCGCUCUUUUCUAAAUAAUAUGGAGCAUCGGCUGAUUGGUGGAUGAUAAAUAUUAUGCUUUUUUGGUAAAUAAAAAUGUCCACAUAAUAUAUUUCUGUAUUAUCUUAGGAUAAACUGUGUGCUAUUGUGUAAAAAAUACUCCUAAUUACUUAAAUUGGAUUCAUCAUCAUCACUUUUAAGGUCCAAUGGCAUAUACACCAGCUCUGCAUGUCUUUCUAAUUUUGUUACUGUGCCCCUCGUGUGGUUUAAUUUCUUGACCUGUGCUUCCACUGUAUAUCACCAUUUUAUUUUAGGCCUACCUUAUUAUGGUGUCCCGUGAAGUGCUGCCUUCUUGACUGAGUCUGUGUCAUUCUUUAACACAUGUUUAGUUCACCUUUAUCACCUUUGCACUGUGAUGGUUGCCAUUUCCUUUAGGUGACACCAGGCAAGAAACUGUUGAUUUUCUGCAGUCAGAAUCUUUGUCAGACCUGUAGUAUUAAAAAGAAGACGGUUAGGCCAGGUCAGUUUCUGUCAUUCACCAAUACUCUGUAACAUGUAACAGUGCUAACAGGUCCAGGGCUACAUUUAAGUGCCACCAUCUUUAUGGACAGUACUGCCAAAGUAAGUAAAAGUUUAUGUGAAUAGGGUAGGUUUUGGCCAUUAAUCUUUACAGAUGCUGGUGCAUAAGGGAUUCAGGUCAAAUUUUUGGUUUUCAUUUGGCUGACCUUAUAUGCUGCCUAUUCCAGAAGAUGCACAAGCAAGUGGUCUUCCUAAAGCAUUGCAUGGAAAGCCAACCUCAUACAUCUGGGUGAAUCAAUAGUAGUUUGCUAUAUAAUCCACUUGAUGACUGGAUUGAAAAGCACUGAGAACAUUAUACAUCCCUGUCUGACAGCAGUUUGUUUAUUUAAAGUGCAGAGUGCUUUAACCUGUGCUACCAAAGAAGAAAAACAGCAAACAACAGACCAGAGGUUUAGACCAGGAGAUUGAUGGGAAAACAAAGGUGAAAAUGGUGUGAGGAUCAACGGUUAAAAGAUGAAAAUAAAACCAAUUGCCAAAUCUCAUAACAAAACUCAUUGUCAAUAAUAGCCACACAAAUAGAUUUAUUGCUAGCUACCACUUGUAUUUGUUCUCAAGAAUACAAUGUUCCAUCGUAAUGAGGAAAAGGCACUUUUUUAGUGAAAUGGACCAGGAAGUGAAGCAUAGUGUGACACAGGCCAAAGUUCAUUGACAAUAUAUCUAUUAACCAAUACAUCUGCCCUUAAUUACUAAAACAAAAUCAUAGUCAAAAUUUAAAGCUAAUGGUUUUAUUUCAGGAAUACUGUUACACUAAUAUAUUACAAUAGCACACAAAGGUUUUUCCAUUUGAACCUGCAAUCUCUGACAAUUUAGAAGAACAUGGUACUUACUGACCUUUGUAUAGUCAUGUCAGUGAUUUCAUGUGCCUCUCACUUCAGGUCUCUUGUCUGUAGCAACAGUAAACAAACAACUGAAAAAAUAGUAGUGUCAGUGUAAAACUACAUGGUGUUACUGAGUACCAUGAAAGUAAACUAGCAUCCUUUGUGAAAACAUUUAAAAAUUUAAUCACAAUAUUUAAAUAAAUUUGAAAUGAAAGAAUGACCUCUGACUAUAAUGAAAACACUAGAAAAGUAUAAAAUUGUAACAACCUAUACUGCUAGUAAUGUUAUGUAGUAAAUGGCUUCCAGUCAUGCUUUCGCAAGGGCACAGCAAGAAAUUAGCUAAAGCCUUAACAAGAUACUGAGGCAAUAGGUAGUUUUACACUCAGCUCUUCAGAUAACACUACAGGUUUUUGUUCCUAUUUUUGUAAUUACGAGUCCAAUAUUAUUGCUAAAUUAUAUUUUAUGCCUGCUUGUUAAGAUUGUGAACCCUUAAUUUCUUUUUAAUCUUAAAUACCAGCACUCACUGUUUUUAGUUGCUUCUUGUAGUUUUAAUCAGCUGCCAAUUAUCAAUUAACCAGCUUUAUGUCUGACAUGGCUGUAUUUACACCCGAGUGUGUUCAUCAUGAAGCUUCUGUGUUAAUAAAAUAUUUGGAAAGAAAUAGAAGAGAAAAA